AUAAUUUUUCAGUAAAGCAAACAUUUUUAAUUUUAUUAAUUGUUAUUAAGUUAUUAUUAUUAAUGCAUGACAAAUUUCGUUUUGACGUGAAGUCGAACAGCUUUCUUUUCUGUCAUUUCAUCACAGCCAUCUAUGAGAAACAACCUCAAACCUUUGACAUUUGUCUACGUGACAGUCGGCGGGAGCGCAGACCUAGUUCGAAUAAACCAAUGAGUAGACCCAACUCAUCCAACACUUAACAGUGCAGAGGUCACCUUGAAGAUCAAAAUUGAUACAUUUUUGAAAUUUGCAUUGCUCAAAAUUAAGGGUGAAGAAGUUCCUGUGCCCACUUUACAAACAAAGGUUACCACAAAAGGUAAAACUAUCGGCCAGGGUAGUUUUUUCGAAAGUGAAGUUGCGAGAGAAAUGGAACAAAAAGCAGGACAUAAAUUUGUGGGGCGCGGAACCCACAAGGGCAAGGGUAUUGCCGUUUUUACGAGUGGUGGCGAUUCACAGGGGAUGAAUGCCGCUGUAAGGGCUGUUGUAAGGACGGCGAUAUAUCUAGGUUGCAAAGUCUACUUUAUUAAGGAAGGUUACCAAGGCUUGGUCGACGGUGGCAAAAACAUCGUCGAAGCCCAUUGGGCAUCAGUUAGUUCUAUAAUCCACAAAGGAGGCACUGUCAUCGGUUCCGCGCGAUGCCUAGAAUUCAGAGAACGUGAUGGUCGCCUUAAGGCUGCUAAAAAUUUAAUAGAUAACGGCAUCACCAACUUGGUGUGCAUCGGCGGCGAUGGUAGUCUUACCGGAGCGGAUAUUUUUCGACAAGAGUGGAGCUCCCUUCUCGACGAACUGCUAAACAAAGGAUCCAUCACGGCAGAACAGCGACAAAAGUACCGCACUUUGCAAAUAGCCGGUCUUGUCGGAUCUAUAGAUAACGAUUUCUGCGGUACCGACAUGACAAUUGGUACCGAUACAGCCCUGCACAGAAUUAUCGAAGCCUGCGAUGCUAUCGUCAGUACGGCGUACUCCCAUCAAAGGACCUUCAUUAUGGAGGUUAUGGGUCGACACUGUGGUUACUUAGCUUUAGCCGCUGCACUGGCCAGUGAAGCUGAUUUCGCUUUUAUACCCGAGUGGCCGGCUGACCUCGAGUGGCAAGAAAAGUUAUGUCAUAAAUUGCACCAGGAACGCGCGAUGGGUCAGCGUCUGAACAUCAUCAUUGUAGCCGAAGGCGCCAUCGAUCGUAAUGGCGAAGCCAUCACAGCAGAGAUGAUCAAGAAAGUAGUAGUUGACAAUUUGCAACAGGACACCAGGAUUACCGUCUUAGGUCACGUGCAACGUGGUGGCAACCCUACGGCUUUUGACAGAAUUUUGGCUUGUCGCAUGGGAGCUGAAGCCGUCAUGGCUUUGAUGGAAUCUGACGAAAACACAGAACCUUGCGUUAUUUCGCUAGACGGUAAUCAGGCAGUGAGACUACCCUUGAUGGAGUGCGUGAAACGCACUAAGGCCGUGGCACAGGCAAUGGCUGACAAGAAAUUCGACUUGGCUGUGGAACUGCGAGGCAAGUCUUUCAUGCGCAAUUUGGAAACGUAUAAGCUUUUGACACGUUUGAGGCCGCCAAAGGGGUCCUAUGCCGACGAUGGACACAGGAACGUAUCGAAACUAAGUAUAUGGGGCCAGGAGCGUUACACUGUAGCUGUAAUGCACAUUGGAGCCCCAGCUUGUGGCAUGAACGCCGUGGUCAGAUCCUUCGUCCGUAACAGCAUAUACCGUGGAGACACUGUCUUGGGUAUUCAAGAAGGUGUAGAAGGUCUCAUCGCAGGAAACGUCAAAAAAAUGGAAUGGGCGGAAGUUGCCGGAUGGGUUAGUACUGGAGGUGCUAAUUUAGGCACCAAACGUACCUUGCCUGGAAAUCGCAUGGGUUUGGUGGCAGCCAGAUUGGCAGAAUUUAAGAUUCAAGGAUUACUCAUAAUUGGAGGUUUUGAAGCGUUCUCAGCAGCUUGUCAGUUCUUAGACGGUAGAAAAGAGCACUCAGCACUCAACAUACCCAUUGUGGUAAUUCCGGGUACCAUCAGUAACAACGUCCCUGGAACUGAAUUUUCGCUGGGUUGCGACACUGCGCUUAAUGAGAUUACCGAAAUUUGCGAUCGAAUCAGACAGUCUGCGCAGGGAACGAAAAGAAGAGUGUUUAUCAUCGAAACUAUGGGAGGCUAUUGUGGGUAUUUGGCAACACUUGCCGGUAUAGCUGGUGGUGCAGAUGCCGCUUACAUUCACGAAGAAAAAUUCACAAUUAAAGAUUUGCAACAAGACGUAUACCACAUGGCUGCUAAAAUGGCCGAAGGUGUUCAAAGGGGUUUAAUUUUACGUAACGAAAAGGCGAACGAAAAUUACAAUACCGACUUCAUCUAUCGUCUUUAUUGCGAGGAAGGGAAAGGACUGUUUAGUGCAAGAAUGAAUGUACUAGGACACAUGCAACAAGGCGGUUCGCCCACCCCUUACGAUCGAAAUCUUGGUACGAAAAUGGCCUCUAAAGCUGUAGAGUGGAUUGGAAAUCAACUGAAAGAGCACUCUCGUCCCGAUGGAUCCACUGAUUGUACUGAUCCAAACAGCAUAGUUCUUUUAGGAAUUGUGAAACGACAAUACAAAUUUACGUCGAUUGCUGAACUGAGAGAACAAACUAACUUUGAUUUGCGCGUGCCAAAGGAACAGUGGUGGUUGAAGUUGCGCCCGUUGGCGCGUAUUUUGUCAAAGCAUGAUUCGGCGUACGAUGAGGAAGGAAUGUACAUGACCGUUGAGGAUCGUCAUAUUUCCAAUUAGGUGCUGGUUACUGUGCCAUUUUGAUGUCGAUAAUAAUAUGUAGCAAAAUUUACGUUUUAUGAGGCUUACAGAUUUUAUUUAUUUUAUUUAUGUAAAUAUAUUAUACAUGAUGAUUAGUUCAUUAAUUUGAUAGGGAAUUUUAAAAAACAUUUUAGGCGAUUUAAGGUUUUUUAAAAUGUUAGAAGACUGUAUCCAGUGGAUGUUAUUAUUUAGCUGAAGUCUUUCAAAAUCAAACGUGAAUAUAAUAUAGCGAUUUUGUAACCAAAAAUGUAAACGUGUUUGUUAUAUCAAUAAACGUGAGUUAAUAUAC